AUGGAGUCACAGACCCUGGAGCCGACGACGGAGCCACAGCCUCGUCCCGCCACCAGCCCUGGACACGGCUCGGAGACUCCGAAAUCCGGGCACUGCCACCCAGCUGAGGCCACCAAGGCCGAGUCAGUCAUCAGCCACGUCCCCGUGCCAGGAAGCCCUUACCCCAAAAAGCAUCUGCGGGGGGUCGAGCCAGCGGGGACCCCCAGGGACCACAGCCCCCGCCCUAACCCCCCAUGUCCCCCCCACUUUGUGUCCCCCCAGCUGUUCCCCCUGACCCUGCGUGUCACCGGCCUGGAGGGGGUCCCAGAGGGGGGGGUCCCGGCGGGGCUGGGGGUCGCAGCCCAGCGGCUCCAGCUGUUCCAGCGGCUCCUGGGGGCUGUGGCCGGGGGCGACCUGCGCCUGGCCCAGGUGGCCAACGACCUGGAGAACCUGCGCAGCCUCCUGGGGGUCCUGGGGGCCCUGCUGGGCUGCCCCCCGCCCCGCGACCCCCCCCCGGCCCCCCCGGCCCCGCUGGCCGAGGCUCCCCACACCGUGGCCGGGGUGGCCCUGGCGCAGCUCCAGGGGUGCCUGGAGGGGAUCGCCACCCACCUCGAGGAGGUGCCCGCCUGUUAGGGACCCCCAGGACCCCUCCAACACCCCAUGGACAUGACCAAGACCCCAGCAGGACCCCCACGAGGGCUCCUAGGACCCCACA